AAAAAAAACACUUCAUCGCAGCAGAAGAUAGAGAGGAGGAGGAGAAGGAGGAGAAGAGAGACCAAAGCUUCGGGUCGGAUCCGGCGGCGCUCGUCGGGUUUGGUCCAUCUCCUCCUAGCGUCUGGGUUCUCUCUCUCCCUCCCGUCCCUCCCUCUCCCUGUGAUGGCGAGCGGGGUGAAGGCUUCGUGCACCUUGGUGGCGUCCGUCCUGGCCGCGUCGACGGCGGCGUUCUCCUCCGGCCCCGCCGCGGCGGAUCGGAGCCCCUCCCUCUGGGCUCGUCCGAACGGGCUGGGAUGCUCUUCGACGUAUUCGAACGAGAAGGAGCUGGCGGUGGUGAUGGGUUCGAGCGCGUCCUCGGCGGAGGAGGGCAAGCUGUUCGCGCCGAGAUUCGACGGCCUGAGGUUCAUCGAGACCCUGGUGACUGCGCACAGAUAAUAUUCCCCCAAAUCCUAUCGUCUUCUUCGCAUUUUCGAACGGCAUUGAAUUAUUGAGGAACCAUUGUUUGUAAGGCGUGAUUCGAAAGAGAGCUGUUUCGAUUCCCCCCGUCAUUUUGGGUCGUCAUCUUCUUACGCCGCUCGGCUUUUGAAUUUUUCGAUGAUCGACGGUGUAAUGUUAAUAACUUCAAGAACGUGAAAUAUCACAGUUUUGGGGGUGUUGCA